CCUUCCUCCUUCCGCCGUCGUCUUCCGUUACCGCCACCACCAUGGCUGCAACUAUGCCAAUGAAACCCACCACCAUAGCGGUCGUGAUUUUGCUGCUCGUCUCGACCGGUUGCGAUGCUUUUGCACUUACCAAACCACUUUUCAACCACACCCAAGGUCCCGGAAAACACGUCAUCGGAGACGAUAUCGACACCGAGUUUCUUAUGGAAUCGCAUAUUAGUAGGGUACUUGCGGAGGAGGAUGAGCUUAGGUUUGAAACCAUGAGGAGCCCUAACCCCAACAUUGCAUCGGUGGUCGACUGCGAACGACCGCCACGCUUCGACAGUUGCCUCGGCGAAGGAAAGAACAAUCCGCCGUCCGAAAACUGCGAUCCCUUCAAUCGGGCUAAUCCUUGUUGAUUAGAAUGAAAUGAAGAAGAAUAAGUAGAUAUGUUGUUUGGGGUUUACAGCAUUUUUAAGGAAUUAAUAAUGUAAUGAACACAUAUUUAGUGCUCACUAAGAUCGUUUACUUAUGUAAUAUGUUCGUUGAUGAAUAUCGUAAUGUUCUUCAUUUUUC